AUGCCAAUUGCCAAGACGGAAAAGGAGACGGUCAAGUUAUUCCAAUUUCCAAAGGUCGUCUUCUCCGUCCCACUGCAGACACUCGCAGUUAUGGAGCCAAUCUCCCCAGAUGGCAACCCUACGACUCCCGAUCCAUCAGAGGCCUGGAGUCGUAGAUCGGGCCGGAUCCGUGUGACGCGUGCCUGCGAUCGGUGCAAAAAAAGAAAGGUGCGAUGUACCGGCCAGCGCCCAUGCCAUGUGUGCAUCGAGGCAUCCACCACCUGCUCCUACAACGCAUCCUACACUCGAGGAAGACAACCAGCCGUUCGAGUGACAGACCUCGGCCCUCCUGCUCGCCUGGCUGCAGGCCCACGAGCUCUCCAGGACAAAAGCCAAAGAACGAUCCGCUGUCCUCCUAAUUCGACCGCUACUGAUCCUGCAUCUCACGAUGCCUUGCUGCAAGGGAACCUCUUGCCUAAUAGCGAGCCUGUCUCGCGCACCUCACCGGAGCCGGCAGAGGCUGAUCUGGAGGGCCACUAUGUCGGUCCCUCAUCCGGUCUUUCUUUUCUCGCUCGAGUCCAAAAGCGCUUCCAACAGUCCGUUGCGCUUCCAAGAGGUAUUUCCGUCUUCAACUUUGGUGACUCUUCAUUGCCUUACGACGAUGCGUGCUCUCUCACUGGUGAGACUGCUCCCAUCAUUCCCGACUUGACCUUUGCCAUGCUACUUCACCGCGAGGACACUGCGGCCCUCGUCCGUAGAUACUUUGAUUUUGCUGUCCCUGUAGAUCGUUUUCUGCAUCGCCCAACCAUCGAGCAAUGGUUUGACGAGUUCUACGAGACUCGUGGUGUCAUGCGCGAGCGAGAUGCAGCGCCUGCGCAGACAGCAGUGCUCUUCAUGAUUUUUGCCAUUGCGCAGGAGCAUACCGUGCCCAAGCUUUCUCCGAUAGAGGCCAACACGAGUGGUCGGUAUUUUCGAGCAGCAAACCAACAGCUAUCCAAGGAGAGUGGCCCUGUCCGGCUUGCGAGCAUUCAGGCUCGGCUGUGCCAGUGUCUCUGGCUUCUUUCCCAGUCCCGUAUCAACCACUGCUGGAGUCUUUUUGGAACCGUCAGCCGGCUGAUCUUCGCUCUGGGUCUCCAUCGCUAUCGACAAGCAUCCUCGAGCACCAUGACUCAGGUCGAGAUUGAAUGCCGUCGUCGAACCUUUUGGAGCGCAUACAGCCUUGACAACUAUCUCAGUACUGCCCUUGGAAGACCGCGAACGUUUAACGACAAGGAUAUCGAUCAACAGUUUCCAUCAUGUGUGGACGAUCAAGAUAUUCCCAAAAGCACUGACUCGCUCACUCUUCCCGCUGACCGAGGGCUGUCUACGAUGUUUGGCCCAGUCAGCUACGCAAAGCUGUCUCAGAUCCUGAGUGGGGUGUUGAGCGACAUCUACUCAAUCAAAGCCAUGUCCAUGACCGAGCGGUUCUCGCUAACAGCCAAGUAUAUGAAUCAAGUCAGAGCAUGGCGCGCGGAGCUAUCUGAUUUUCUCGGUCAAAGCAGUUCAAAUGCUGCGCCGUUGGUUCUCAUCUAUCAACGACAGCAGAAUAUCCUGAACCUUGCCUAUUGGCAUACGGUCAUCCUCAUCAAUCGCCCGCUUUUGCUCGCCAAUUUCGCGAGAUUAACCAACAGGACCUCGACGACGCAGCGCCAAGACCAAGAGCGACAGGUCCAUGUCGCAGAAAGUGUUGAUGAGUGUCUCAACGCAGGGAUGGAGAUCGUUCGGGUCGUGGACAGGAUGAUCCAGGCCAACCAGCUCUUUCGGGCCUUUUGGUUCACGCCCUAUUUCGCAUUCUCCGCAUCCGUGAUUCUCUAUGUCUACACUAUACAGCACAGCAACGAGCCGAAUGAGACCUACACAACAUAUUUCACCGCCGCCGAACGAUGCCAGCGGCAGAUUUUCGACACAUCUGAGCCAGGAUCGCUAACUGCACGUUAUUGUCUCGUCCUGGAGGAGCUUCGGAGUGAGGCACUACGUCAAAUAGCAACAGUACAGUUUCCAGAGAAUCAACCAACACCAAUCCAUCAUUCAUUGAAUACAAUGAGUGCAGAAGUCGAGGGGCUUAGUUCGAGUACGCAAGAUAUCGGAGAUGGGUUCCCCAAUUCGAUUCCUGACCUGGAAGCAAUGGGUAACCUAGGCGAUUUCCACCUCAGUCCGAGCGAUUCUUUGCAAGACCUGACUAGUUGGGGCCAGUUUGACUCGAUGGCCAUUUCCGGCUUCAAUGGAUUGUACAACCUGUAA